CAUAAAGAUUGUAACAAAUGUCGUUUUUGGUAAUUUUUAACGUUUUAUGUUGGAUAAAUAACUAUUUGGACACACAAAUUAUUUAGCAAGUUAUUUUAUAUUUUCAAUGUUAAAAAUCUUAAAAUAAAAUUUUUAGAAAUUUUUAGUUUGGAAAAUACGCACGCGAUGUUUAUGAUCAUGCCAGUCUACUUCAGCGUCUUCGUUCGAAUUUUUCUCGUCAAGUAUCCCUACCAUCUCAUGAAAGAAGGGACGGACCUGCUGAAGUUUCUCUACUUGUGCUUGAGCAUUUUGUUCUCCGUCUGGGUGACCCUUCUCUGGUUUCUUGAUAAAAAAUUUCCAGACAAAUUCUUCAUCAUUGUUUUCUGCCAAGGGCAUGGAACUAAUGAAUUCAAGGUUCCAACAGCUUCAAAGGGAAGGUUGCUAUCUAUAGCCUACAUCACCUUCUUUCUAACUACCUUUCUAAUUACAAUAUACCGCACUCAAGCACUGGCAAGGAUUGAGUUUAGAGGCAGCCUGAGGAGAGUGGGAUUACGCUUCAGAAGAAAUAUUAUGAAUUUCAGGCAAUGCGCAUGGCUAAUGGCCUUUAUCAUCACGGCCAGGAUUGGACGUGAAGUUGUGAUAUUUCUGUUGUACAAAUACCGUACUGCACUAGAAGGAUACAUGAUGGAAAUAUUCUUAAUCUACUACUUUAUCAAGGAUAGAUUUCAACUAAACAUAUUUUUUGGGGGGGCACCUCUUCUUGCAUUUCUUUAUUUGUUCACUUUUCAGUGUUUAAUGCCUAUUGAGACAAAAACUAAGAUUUAUAAAAAUAGACAUUAA